AGUAGAGGCAACGGCGUCAGAACGGAAGGAACUGAGACAGUGGUCAUCCAGCUCGUAACUUUGAAGUCGUGAAGUGGAAUCCAUCCUUAUAAUUGAGGAUAAAAACAACAACACAUGUACUAGAUCGUAUCAAUUUCGUUUAUAGAAGAAAAGCAGAAUACAGAAGGAUUACUAAAAGAUAGAUGACAAUGAGAAAUAUAAGGAGUUAGGAAUAACAAAACGAUUAAUCAAAGGAGUUUGUACAGGAAUCUUCCCAGGCGGUCAUGACGUCACUACCGAAAGUAAUGCUGACGGCUGGUGUGCUGAUGGCGCUGGCGGCCGCGUGCGUGAGCCAGGAGGUUCCCGGCCUGGCCUACAUGGAGAUCUUGAAGACGGUCCCUCGUGGAGACGGCUCCAUGACGCCCUUGGAGGUCAAGGCGGACGAGGCCAGCGUCCGCUACGACGUCAUGCUCGACUACGACUUCUAUCCGUUCGAGGAGGGUUCUCAGGGGGAACAUCCCGAGGAGGAUCUGCCUGAAGGGAAGGAGUCGCUGGUCUCGACGGCCCUCGAGCGUCCUCCGUCGAUUGGCACCACACCAGUGAUCAGUUCGGAGAGGAGAGAGAAUGCGUCAUUCGUCACGACGAGGGGCUCCCUGGAAGGCCCUGUGGAUCCGUCGAAGAAAGUGGAAUUCCAUCCGUCAGAUACUCAGUCUCAGACGAGGAAAGAGGAAGAGGAAGAAGGUCUUCGUAGCGUGACUUUGAGAUCACGUAGUUCACACGAGACAGCUGAAGGCGCUGCAUCCCAAACUACUGAAGAAUCAGUGCAGUUUGUGAAGACAGUGCGUGCUUCCCCGCACUCAAAUGAAGCAGGAAGGGAGGAACACUCCUCCAAAGGAUCUGCUGAAAUCCCUUUGAUGAGAAGUAGACAGACUUCACUGCAAUACAUCUAUCCCAGAUCUUAUCUUCUAUCUGACUACCUGUCGUACAUGUACAGCCCCACGGGGGGUAAGUAUGCAACUGGGCAAUAUCCAGCUAGUGCUUAUCUCCACAGUGGAAAUCCAGAAAGGUACCAUCCAGUUGACGAAUAUCCCCCAUCCUAUUAUCCAGCUGCAUCCUAUUCAAAUGGAUAUUCAGCACCUUCCUAUCCACUUAGAGGAUACCCUACAGGCUAUUAUCCUACAGGUAGCUAUCCCUCCUACAGUAUCCCGAGGGCAGGCUACAUCAAUCAGUAUGACACAGCGGAUACUGGGUCUGGCUACAAUUACCCAGGUGAAAAUGAUUCAUCGAGAAGGUACAUCUCAGGACUCACAGGGGAUAACAUACCCUAUGAGGAUUCUAUUGAAAGGCCAUUAAGUAGAGAAUCGUACGCUCAGAACGAAUCGUUUUGGGAAAAUCAAAAUGCUGUUAUCAAUGUCAAGCUUAACGUUAGUGAGGAAGUUCAGUCUCCAACAUCUUCACGUCGUCAGCCAUCCUAUGCAUCAAACAGCUAUGUUGUUCGUGACAAAAAUUCUCGGACUCCACGCCGGCAGACUGGUUACAAAGUGAAGCUAGAAAAUACUCCUAGAAAUCAACCCGAAGCAACUGUGAGAGCCCCGCUAAAACUACCGGCCGGAGUCAAGAAGGACGUCGCUGCUGUCAGGUACUACACCGGCCUUCAGAGGGAAAUUGAGAGGUCGGACUUGUUGAGCGAUGCAAUCAAAGACGUAAGGACCAGAGAUGGAAAGUCUGUAAAGAGCUUCCGAUGGUCUACCACAACCACCACUGUUACCCCUGUUCCUGACAUGGGGAAGAUAAAGAGGAGUUUCGGCACGCACCCGCUCUACAGCAGUCUCCCCCGCUCAUCCUCACCCGAGAUUGGGGUAGGGCCAAUAAUCCAUAAAGAGAAAUAUGAUGAUGAGGAAGACGAGUACGACAAUCUAUACCUUCCAGUAAGGGCAAAGUCUUUAGAACUCGAAGAAAUCCGUGAGGUUAAAAAGCAUUUUAAUAUCCUUGUACCAAAGGCGGCUUACAAGCCAACACCAUUUUCUGAAACUCCACCUUAUCCUGGGCAAGGGAUUUACAUUCCUCCAGUAACCACCUUUAAGCCAUACGAAAUUCCAAAGUAUAACAAGAAGUUAAAACCUUCGUCAGUGCCAGGAGAGGGGUAUGACUCUGGCAGUCAGCUCGAGUUCCCUGUCAGAAAGGACUCUUCUUACCGCUAUCAGAGGCCUUCUACAUAUAGUGAUUCUCUCAAGUAUUAUCGUCCACACGACUCCAGUGUGUACAGAACCGUCACUCCUGAGCCGUACUACCACCCUACUUACAAGCCAUAUGUACUGUCUACUCCUAGACCUUAUCACCCUCUUACAUCCAGACCUAAAGUUCAGCCUAUUGAUGACCCCUAUGUUCCCCCUAUCCCAAAGUUUCACAAUCCCCUGACAUCCAGACCACAUGUCUCACCAACACCCAAAUCUUGGCUUCCUCCUACAAAAUAUAUUUCUCCCAGUCCCAAAGUGGUCCUUACCUCCAGACCUAAAAUCACUGUCACUGCCAGGCCUAAAGUGAUCCUCAGUUCCAGACCUAAAAUCACUUUGACUUCAAAACCCAAACCUAAGGCCGCUGCCAUUCCCAGACCCUAUCCGAGACCCUCACUUACUCCUUAUCCGCGACUCUCCUCAACCUCCAAACCCCGAGCAAUCAGGUUUCCUAAGUCCCUUGAUCCUCCAGGCUCUCAAAGUCCAGUUGAGGACCACUCAAAGUCGCCGCCCUCUUUCACCUCUCGAGACAAAGCUCCGCACUCCAGAGGUCAUGCUCGAGUGCCGUCCUCCAUCCUUCGUGAACAAGGCCAGGGUUCUCCAGUCAAGGAGAAGUUCCGCGAAAAGAGACGGCCAGACAUGGAGACUCAGAUCGACUCAUCCAUCAAGUUUCCCAAAUACGGUUAUAACAUAGAUCAUUACUUCGAAGAUUUUCCAGCUUUCGGAUAUUUUAACUUAAAUCGAAAGAGUCGUUAGUUUAUUUUCUUAUAAAAAAGAAGAUAUUGGAGUAACAUAUUUAACUUACACGACUAUGUUCUCGAUGUUUAUCAGUAAUUAUUUAUUGCAAAUGCCAAAUAUAAGCCCCCGCCCCCUUAAAAAAAUUAGACUAACCAUAACGAAAUACUAAACAUUGUGACAUUAUGACAUGCCCUCCGGUAUUGCAAAGUUUCAACUGUUUGUUGAUUUUCUUGAUAUUAUUAGUCAAGGUCGUUAUCUAAUGGCAGGUUCCACAACUUAUUUAUUUUAGAUAUUAGAUUUAAUAUACUACGUCAUUUGAAAUUAGUCUUGAGAGGCCAUUUGAGAUUGAUUUUGAGAUGAUUUUUCUCCUCAUUAUACAGAGUCUCAGGCGAGAGACUGUCACAGAGGAUCCCUCGUGACCCUUGACCUUUGCUCCCAUCAGAUGGACGUUGAAGGACGUUUGCUAUUAUUAACGGUUAAUAUUGCAUCCGUAGUUAUGUGUUUGUAUGUAAAGAUGUAAUGGUGUAUGUUUGUCUGUUUGCGAGUUGAAUAUAUGAUCUGCUUGCUGUUAAGUUAUUAGUUCUGUAUGACCAUUACAUUUGAAUUUCUUGUGUUUGGUUGCAAUAAUAAUCGCAGUUUUUU